UUUUGUUGCUAGCAUAUAUCGAAAAUAUUGAAGCAAAUAAGCCGAAGCCGAAGCUGUUCAGCAUUAUGGAUGAGAAUACCAAUUUGGAGGAGCAGCGGGAACGCAUUGAGAACGCAUUGAUCAGUGCCGUUGAUGACAUCGAUCGCGAGCAUUUGCGCAAACUGCAGCUGACGAUGCACGGCUGUGCGAAACGUUGUUGCGCCGACACGAAUGCCAGCGCCGAGGCCGUGCAACGUUGCGUCGAUCGCUGCCAGUUGCCGCUGACACGCGCUCGCUGCUAUGUGCAACAGGAGCUGGCCGAAUUUGAGACGCAGCUGGAGCAUUGCAUGCGUCAGUGCCAAGUGCCGAACGACGACGAUGCAGGCGGAAGAUCCGAGCGAUGUUCAGUCGAGUGUGUGGACAAAUAUGUGACGCUUUUGCCGGAAUUGUUGAGCACCAUGCGAAUGGCGCUUGACAAGGGAUUGUAGUGGAGUGUAAGAGGAAGAAGAAGAGGGAGAGGGGAAAAGGGAGAAAUAGGUGGGGGAAAGAGAGAGGGUAGAGGGAC